AGCUGUUAUCGCAUAGUUUUGUCAAGUGCAAGACGAUCGGAGUGCAUUUUUCUAGUGCAGCCAGUGACGUUGCCUGUUCUGCCAGCCCCUGUGAUGCUCAGAGGUCCCGGAUCUAUUCUUCGUUGUAGUGAAACAUUUCAUAGAAUGCUGUCGUCAUCUUCGAGCAAGCUGCAAAAGAUUGCAGUCUGCCAAGUUACCUCUGGGAAAGCGAAAGAAGAGAACUACGAAAAUUGUGCCCGACUGAUAUCUCAGGCGAAGUCGAACAAUGCGAAGAUGGUUUUCCUGCCCGAAUGCGCGGAUUUUGGGAGAAAAAAAGAGCAGGCAUUCGAAUUGGCCGAACCUCUUGAUGGUCCUCUCUUGACGAAGUACAAAGCUCUGGCUGCGGAUUUGAAAGUAUGGCUCUCCCUGGGAUCGCUCCACAUCCGGGACUCCAAUCCGGAUACGAGGAAAAUCCACAACACUCACGUAGUGAUAGACGAUCAAGGCCGCAUAGCCGAAACCUACGACAAAGUCCACCUAUUCGACGUCGACAUUCCGACGUUCCGUAUCAAAGAAUCCGAUUUCGCUUUCACGGGCGACAGCCUGAGGCCACCGGUCCAAACUCCCGUGGGGAAAGUAGGGAUGGCGAUCUGUUACGAUAUGCGAUUCCCGGAGCUUGCUUUGAGUCUGGCGAAAUCAGGUGCCGAAAUCCUCACGUAUCCGUCAGCCUUCACCGUAGCAACAGGUUACGCACACUGGGAAGCUCUAUUACGAGCUCGUGCCAUCGAAACUCAGUGCUACGUUGUUGCAGCGGCCCAAGUCGGACAGCACAAUGCGAAGAGGUCUUCAUACGGGCACUCUGUGAUAAUCGACCCGUGGGGCGCGGUCGUAGCGCAAGCGUCGGAUGUGACGAAUGAAGUCAUCUACGCAGAUAUAAACCUUGAAUAUCUGACGAAGGUCAGGCAGGGUAUGCCCGUAUGGAAUCAUCGCCGCCCUGAAAUCUACGGAGACGUGCCUGCGAUAGCCGGGAGCGCGAGUGACCAGAGCACAUCCUUACCAAAACUGAUUCUCAUUUCUCGCUUCCCAGGCAUAGAUGAUCAGGAGACGUACUCGUUCGGUCCCCAUACGCUGUUAAAAAGUCAACUCUUCUACAAAACACCCCUGACGAUGGCUUUCACCAACAAGAGACCAGUUCUCAAUGGACACGUUCUGGUCACCCCAAUUCGUGUUGCGUCUCGCUUGAGAGAUCUCACACCCUCCGAGAGAGCAGAUCUGAUUUCGGUUGUAAAAAAGGUGCAGUCCGUUAUCGAGAUCGAAUUCAAGACCGACUCAUCGACUGUGAAUAUUCAGGAUGGACUUCUCGCGGGACGAAGUGUCGACCACCUGCACGUACACAUCUUACCGAGGCAUGUUGGAGACUUUGAAAGAGACAACGACGUGUAUAGUGAGUUGGAAGAGCCAUCCCCGAAGAUCCGGUGGCGCAGCGAGGAAGAGAUGGCCGAAGAAGCGAUUCGACUACGGAAAUACUUCUGAGCAAUCAUUUGUUCUCAAUAAAAGGCACCGACGCCGUCCUCACAAUGACU